CCCCGCGUAUAUUACAUUGGGAUUUCAAGAGGCAUAUAUAGCUCUGUAGUUAAUUUGAUUUUUGCAUUAUUAUUCUUUGUGUAUAUACAUUAAUUUUUCAAAAGUUUUGGAUGACAGUUGUACGCAUAAGACUGGAGAGAAGAGGAAGAGUAAUUGUUUAAUGGCUUUGCGAUUUGAGAUCCUUGGGAGGUUCAACCGUGCCCGUGCAGCUCAACUGACACUUCCUCACUUUGUGUGCCAGACACCUCUGUUUAUGCCCGUAGGGACUCAAGGGACGAUAAAAGGUUUGGCCACUAAUCAGCUUGAGGAAAUUGGUUGCCAGAUUAUACUUGGGAAUACAUAUCAUUUGGCUCUCCGUCCUACUUCUGAGCUAAUCGACGAGUUGGGGGGUCUCCACAAAUUUAUGAACUGGCCAAGGGCACUUCUUACUGACUCUGGUGGCUUUCAAAUGGUCUCACUAUUGCAUUUGGCUGACAUUACUGAAAAAGGCGUCACAUUUCAGUCACCAGUGGAUGGAAAGCCAAUGCUCCUAACGCCUGAGGAAUCAAUUCAAAUCCAAAGCAGAAUUGGAGCAGAUAUCAUUAUGGCACUGGAUGACGUUGUAAGAACCACAAUUACUGGGCCACGAAUUGAAGAGGCUAUGUAUCGUACUCUACGUUGGAUAGACAGGUGCAUAGCAGCUCACAAGAGACCACAUGAGCAGAAUUUAUUUGGCAUUGUCCAAGGUGGCUUAGAUCCAGUGUUAAGGGAUAUAUGUGUCAAGGGGUUAGUGGAUCGGAAUUUGCCCGGCUAUGCUAUUGGUGGUCUUGCAGGCGGCGAAGAUAAAGACUCUUUUUGGCGUGUUGUUGCUCAGUGUACUGCUGCACUGCCUGAGGACAAACCACGAUAUGUUAUGGGUGUUGGUUACCCAUUGGAUAUCGUAGUUUGCAGUGCUUUGGGGGCUGACAUGUAUGACUGUGUCUACCCCACUCGCACUGCUCGCUUUGGCACAGCUCUUGUACCUGAGGGUGUUCUAAAACUUAAACACCGGGCAAUGGCUGAUGAUAUCCGUCCCAUUGAUCCCACUUGUGAGUGCAUGGUCUGCAAAAACUAUACAAGGGCCUACAUUCAUUGCCUCGUUACAAAAGAUGCUAUGGGAUCUCAACUUUUAUCAUAUCACAAUUUGUAUUACAUGAUGAAGCUUAGCAGAGAUCUGAACUCAUCGAUUAUCCAAGGGCAGUUUCCAGAGUUUGUAUGCAAGUUCCUGCAGAAAAUGUUCCCCAAAGGCGAUGUACCUGAAUGGGUCUGCAAUGCCAUGGAGGUUGCUGGAAUUGAUAUUUCUUCCUGCUGUGCUCCAUUCACGACAUCCCAAGAUUAGACAAUAGGAAACACAGAAUCCAAGAGACUAAUGUGUAGGCAUUCCACAGGUAACCUGGCAGCAUAUAUUUUGCAGUCCAUAUGCUGCUUUACUAGGAUUUAUACCCAAUUGAAGAAAUCUUGUGUCACGGGAUUGAAAAAUACACAUUGUAUGAAUGCAUUUUUGUCCAUGAAUAUUGAAUAGUUUUUCUUUGAUUUGAUUUUUUCAUCUUCACCACCCAAUAUUAAAUUGAUACUCUUGUAUCAGGGGUUGGAUAUUAUAGAAUUUCAUGUUCGGUAUUUUUCACAUUUCCACACAUACAUAUGCAAGCUUUGGAAAAUAUUGUGAUUCGUAGGCUAAAGUGAGAAAAUGUCACCACCUCUGGCUUAACCGGUGUGGCUUGGGAUAAUGAUGCUUCAAACUCGCUUUCUAAGGGAAAGACCUUUUUGCAGAGAUCCAACGAUCAAACUAUAUAUUGAGGUAACGCCCUAUCGAGCUUCAAAUUUGAAUGAAGGAGCUCACACUCAAAAUUGAAGUGUCUGCAUUGCUGGUGCAUCUAAUUGCUACUAGGUAACACAAUAUGCCAUCUAUUUCAUACUCUUUUUGUACUGUACAUCUAUUUUGGAUCUUACAUGCACUUAUGUUUUUGUUGUCAAUCACAAUUGAGACAUCUAGUACAAUUCAGGCCGAAAACCAUGUGCUGCCCCUCCAGCAAUCGAUGUCAAUAGGUCAAUCAUAUUUAAUGGAGUUUGGACUUUGAUUUAUUAGGAGAUACCCUUGCCUUUGUCGGUUAACGUAAAUGGGAACGUUAUAACAAAACCAAUCUUUCGAUGCCUUUUUCCUGUUUAUAGUUAGAUUUGCAAAUCAAUACCGACCAGGACAUAUAUCUCUAUCCUUGUCUUGUUAAUCACCACCAAUCUACUCUUUUGUGCAAGUCAACUGAGUCCACAUCCUAUUGCUUCAAUUCAUGUGGCUAGGCUCUUCAAUAGUAUGGAUUUGGAUCCAAAUCUAAAUCAAAUGAGACGUGUAUGGAUUGAUAUUUUUGAUUUUGUAAUUCAUAUUUGA